UGCAAAGGAUCAUGGGAAUGCCCCGAGGCUAUUUGUUAGGGACUGUGAAAUAUUGUGUCUGUUUCUUGGCAAAUCGGUCAAUUUCUCGGCAAAUGUAUUAAUUUUAAAAAUGAGCGAAGAUUUGGACGAGAGCUUGCCUUUGCAAUAUUUAGAAAGUAUGUGGUCGGGUUCAGAAGAGGAUUUGGAGACGUCUAUGCAAAACCUAUCGUUGAAUGACGAGGAUUAUGAUCCUGGUAAACGGAGAACUAGCACGCCUAUACAAUUACAAGAAGAAGGCAGCGUAACGGUAGAGAGUCCAACGCAAGGAAAGCAUACAUUGACUCCAUCCUCAAAGGAAGCUCCAUUGCCACAGUCGAAGAAAGUUUGUGUUGGAAAAUUUCUAUCAGGGAAACAACGAACAGAUCGAAGGAAGGCCGCUACAUUUUUUCUAAAAGAGGGGUUUGAAUUGCACGACAACAGUCAAACACCUUAUGAGACAGUUGUGGCAUAUCUAGGGGAUGAUACUAUCACAAAAUCAAUGUUAACUCGAACAGUAAAAGAGGCAUUUCCUGGAGUCUACAUAAAGAGGGAAAGAAAAGAUAACAAAAAACAAGUGUUUUUUAUGAACCUACAGGAGAAGGGUAUUGCUCAUCAAUUUUCUGAUGUUAGACAUGAUGAGAUUGAAGCAAAUGAUGACAUUCAAAAUCUGCUUACAAACUUGGAGCUUUCAGAUUUAGUCUUAAGCCAAAUAUGGUCAUCCAUUGUAUCAAAAUAUAAUGAAGGUGGUGAUAUAUCUGGUCAACUGGCAGACUAUGCAAAAGAAUCACGGAAGCGAGAAGUCCACAUUAACAAUGUCAUCAACCUGUUUAAGGAAGAAAUUGAGAAAUUGAAGCACAAUGUUCCUGAUAAUACAUUGUCCGAUAAACAAAAGCACACAAUCAAAUUAGAAAUGAAGGAAUUUGAAGACAUUUGUGAUACUGAAAUUCGUGGGUCUUCUGUACUGAAUGUGUCUGACACCAUUGAUGCAUCACUUUUUAAAGAGACUUUGGAGGCAGUAAAAGAAAAAUGCCCUUUAAUAUACAGCAUGGUACAGAGUCUAGUGAUUUCCAACCCAGCAAGCAGAAAUUUAUUGAAGACAAACACACAUAAGAUGGUAUGUGGUGUGCAUAUGCUUGGAAUUAUCAGCAAUAUCAGAAACCAAAGAACAAGAAAUUGUUUUCCACUAAUAUUUGGGCUUCUUUGUGUAACAUUUGGUGCAGGAAAACAAUUUAUUGAUAUGCUUCAAUCAAUUGGACUAUCUUUACAUUGGAACACUAUAAUUUCAUUCAUGGACAAAAGAUUGGCACAGUUCCAAAGUUUAAUUGAGGAGUGUGCACCUAUUUCAAAGCCAAUCAUUUUGUUGAUAGACAACAUAAAUAUGUAUCAUGGAAAUAGGACUCAUCAUCGACUAUUUAAAGUACUUGGUCCAAAAAUGUGGAAUUUCACAGUUCGUGGCUUAGCUAUUCCAGAUCUGACAACAAUAGAACAUUUGUUUAAUGAAAAAGAAACCGCUGAAGAACAACAAAAGGAUAAAGUUACUGCAUGGGAUACUUUCAUAGAAACAAAUAAGGAACAUUUGAAAUUAUGGAAUGAGGUUCAAGAUAACUUCCUGCUGAAGCUACUUAAUACAAGCUUAAAUUGUAUUCCAAGUUCAGAGAAAGAUUUUGUUAAUAUGGAUGAAAAAGAAUUUGAUCACUGGUUGAAAAAUUUUAGCAAAUCAACAACUGACUAUGGCAUUGUUAUACCUCCACUUAGUAUUAGGCCUAACCCAAACUGUACAAAGUCGGAAACAUUAAUACUUCCGCUAUCACUGGAAGAUAAUUCCACCACCACAGGAACUGCAGCAAUCUUGGAAGAAUUUGGAAAGGAAUUUGACAUACCCUGUGAUCAUGCCAAAGUAUAUUUACCUUUUGAUGACAGGAGCAAAACAUUUGACCUCAAAGCAGCACGAGAGCAUCAUGUAUUUAUUUCUUCCUUACAUGAGCACAAGUCAACAAUGACUAAAACAGUUCAGCAGUUACGAGAAGCGGAAAAAGCAUUUGAGCUACCAUCAUCACAAACAGUAUUAAACUCAGACACUUCCAAUGGAACGAGAAGCCAACAAAAGAUGGAUGGAGAAUUCAAACAUAUUUUUGAUAGACUUGUUCAGAGAAUGUGGGAAGCCCAACAACACCAUGACCCAUCCAAAUUUCACCAAUUUAUUUCUUGGUUGGAUAGUAAUUGACAGCUGUGGGAAGAUGUUAGAGAUAGUAUUGGAAGAACCGUUUUUCACGCAGCAGUUGAAAACGGAAAUCUGCCAUUAGUGAAAACUCUUGUUUCGGCAGGUGUGAACAUAAAUGCCAAAGAACUUUGUGGUGCUACACCAUUAACAAUUGCGGUGGUCAAAAAAGAUAAAGAAAUGGCACAAUUUCUCAUAGACAACUUUGCAAUUUUUGACAGCCGGUUCUUCACUAAUAUACCAAAUCCAAUGGAGAUUGCUACAAAAAUGGAAAUGGAUGGUGUUGACCUGAUGAAGAAAAUUUCACAUAAAGAUAGUGUUGACGAUGGUGAAAUAUGGAAAACAUUCCAGUGUGCUAAACAAACAACAAACACUGCGACAUGUACUUCUGUCUCUGAUCCUAUGGAAGGAGAAGAUAAAGAGGAAACAUAUGAAUACAAAAGGAGUAAUAAAUCAUGUAUAACAUUGACCGUUGGUGACCAGGGGACUAACAAAAAUGUCCGUGGUGUAAAAAGUCGAUCCAAUGCAGCAUAUGGUUGGUGUGCAAAAGUUCCUGGUGACAUGCAUGCAAAAGGAUACGUAUACGAAGUUUGCAAGAAAGUAAUGUCUCCUGGUGGUUUUAUGCACAUUCUACAAAAUGUUCUUUUGAGAAAGAAGAUAACCAACGAAAGCUUUGGUAAAAAGAAAUUCCAAGAACAAAACCUUAAUCGUAUCGAAGAAGCUGUGCGUGAUAAUGGGGCUGCUUUUGGAAUAGCAAUGGUGAUGGAGUUUAAAAACUCCACUUCAUUUCCUGAUGCAGAUGAGUUGCUUAAGUGCAAAAGGUCAACUGGCAAUCACACUACAGUAUUAUUAUCCAAGUUCAAGCAGUGGAUAAGUGACAAUAGUGAAGAUGCAACUUUUAAGUACUAUGCACAGAUGGUCACUUUGUUUGGCCCAUUGCAACAAAUGUAUUGUGAUGCAAUUAUAUACGGCAAUGGAGUUGCACGAGAGGCAUCUUGGAUGAUUAUGCAGCCUCUUUUUGCCCAAUCAAACAAACGGAACUAUCACACAGAGGCUAUGGUACACAUUGUGAACUUUUUUGCCAUGUGGCCACUUGCUACAAGAGAGCUGCUGCGAAAGAAUUGUUCCAUCAGUUUAAAUGGACGCAUUGGCCAUAAUUUAGCUCUGGAUGAGUGGGUUGAAUCAUGCAUAGUACAGCCUAUGAAAAACUACUCAACAGGGCAUACAACAGUUCAAAUGUUGCAACGACUUAUGGCAAACAUUGACCUGCUCAUCCAAACAAGGAAAUCAUUCCAAGCAAGAGAUGCCUUCAAUGUGCAUCCCACAACCAAACACACAGAGCAAGAUCCAUUCCCGGAUCAACUCAAGGCAGCACAUUUCAUUUUAAGGAGGAGGUUCUUUCAUUAUGUUCCAGGUAGGAAAACAGUUGAGAAGUUUGGUGAUCCAAAGAAGGCAUCAAUUUCUGCUAACAAUAUUGAUUGUUAUCAAAGUGGUAAAAGGAAAGUUGUGGCCACUUUCAAUCGAAAACUAUUCAACAUAUACGGAAUAAUGAAUGAAUCAGAUGUAGAUGAGUCUGAUGAAGAAAAUAUUGAAAGUGAAUCAGAUUAAAAGACAAUUAAUCUGUAUUGUACACACAUCCCAUACAGUAUUUCAAUGUUGUGAUAAACUCUCACUGAUAAUAUACUUUUGAACUAUUGCAAGGACAAAUAAUUGCAAGAUCCGACAGUGCAAUAGAAAUAUGCAAGA